AUGUCUGCCUCCACCCGUAUUCCUCCCAUCGCCCAGCCCUUCGUCAGCGACCGGGCCAAGAAGACCCUCGACCUGGUCGAGGAAUUCGUCGAAAAGGACUGCAUCCCCGCCGACGCCGUCUUCUCCGCCGAGCUCGGCGAAGGCGAGAAGCGAUGGCAGACUACCCCCGUUGUCCUGGAGAACCUGAAGGAGAAGGCCAAGAAGCUCGGUCUGUGGAACAUGUUCCUGCCCAAGAACCACUUCAAGCAGGGCGCCGGCUUCAGUAACCUCGAGUAUGGUUUGAUGGCCGAGCUGCUCGGCAAGAGCAAGAUCGCCUCCGAGGCCACCAACAACGCCGCGCCGGAUACUGGUAACAUGGAGGUGCUGGCCAAGUACGGCAAUGACGCCCAGAAGCAGCAGUGGCUGGCUCCUCUGCUGGAGGGCAAGAUCCGCUCUGCGUUCCUGAUGACCGAGCCCGAUGUUGCGUCCAGUGAUGCCACCAACAUCGAGUUAAAUAUUCGCCGUGAGGGCAAUGAAUACGUUCUUAACGGAUCGAAAUGGUGGUCCUCCGGUGCCGGUGACCCCCGUUGCAAGGUCUAUCUUGUUAUGGGAAAGUCGGACCCCAACAACCGCGACACUUAUAAGCAGCAGUCCGUCGUCCUGGUGCCUGCCGGUACCCCCGGCGUCACUGUGCACCGCAUGCUGCACGUCUACGGCUAUGACGACGCUCCGCACGGUCACGGUCACAUCACUUUCAACAACGUCCGUGUACCCCUCUCCGCCAUGGUCCUCGGCGAAGGCCGUGGAUUCGAGAUUAUCCAGGGCCGUCUGGGCCCCGGCCGUAUUCACCACGCUAUGCGUACCAUCGGUGCCGCCGAGAAGGCCCUCGAGUGGAUGAUUGCCCGCAUCAACGAUGAGAAGAAGCAGACCUUCGGCAAGCCCCUUGCUGCUCACGGCGUUAUCCUUGAAUGGAUUGCCAAAUCGCGAAUUGAGGUGGAUGCUGCCCGUAUGGUUGUCCUUAACGCCGCUAUCAAGAUUGAUCAGGGUGAUGCCAAGUCGGCGCUGAAGGAGAUUGCCCAGGCCAAGGUUCUGGUUCCCCAGACUGCUCUGACUAUCAUUGAUCGUGCUGUGCAGGCCUACGGUGCCGCUGGUGUUUGCCAGGACACCCCGCUUGCCUACUUGUGGGCUGGCAUCCGUACUCUGCGUAUUGCUGAUGGUCCUGAUGAGGUCCACCUGCAGCAGCUCGGUCGUAGGGAAAACCGCUCCCGCAAGGACGCUGUUACGGCCAAGUUGAAGUGGCAGCGCGAGGAGUCGGAUCGCCUGCUUCUGGCUGCUGGGUUUAAAGCUAAAAGCCAUCUGUGA